AAAACAGAGAGAAGCAGCAAGCAAUGGCGGAAAACAUGGUGACACUGAGGAGCAAAGACAACAAAGAAUUCAGAGUGAAGCAAAGCACAGCAGCGCAAUCCAAGUUGCUGAAGAGCCUCAUUGACCUAGGCUGCUGCACUGACCAACAAACAAUCCCAAUCUUUGAAGUCUCCAGCCAUGUUCUUCAAUCUCUGAUUGAGUACUGCGAGAAACACGCCGAGUUAUCACCAAGCCACAAUACUGAUGAGCUCUUGAAAGAUUGGGAUACUAAUUUCAUGAAGACAAUGACCGAGAAGGAGGACAUGGAAUUCAUUGGCUAUCUCCUGAUCGCGGCCAAUUACCUGGAAGUCAAGGGAUUGCUCAACCUCAUUGCUGACGACGGUGGCUGAUAUGAUCAGAGGCAAGACUACUGAAGAAAUUCGUACUAUUUUGAACAUCAAAAACGAUCUCACCCCUGAAGAAGAACAAGAUAUCUAUGCAGAGAACGCAUGGGCCUUUUCAGAUUGAUUUUUAUUUUUUUAUUUUUUAUUUUUUUAACUUUUUAUCUAUACAGAUUUUUGCUCAUUGAUUUGUUAAUUGAUUGAUUUUCUUUUUAGUCAGUACCAAAGUUAUUAAUAGGUGAUUUUUUUUUUCUCCCCCCUUCUUCAUUUGUUGUUUAGAAAAUCAUUGAUAUGAAUCCCCACUUAUAAGUAAAUAAAAAAUUUAAAACAUUAAUUUUAACUAAUAUUAAUUAAAUUAAAAA